UAGCAAUGGAGUGUGCAAAGAAGUGGUGUACAAUAGUUAGAUUCGUGGGUUAAAGUUGCUAUCAGUAUUUUAAAACUAAAAGUGAGUCCAAUCAAGUAAUCCAACUUCUUGGGCAAUUUGGGAAUGAAGCUGUCAUGUCAAAGAAAAAAUUGGAUGAUAUAGCCCUAUAAAAUAAUGUAGAAUUCCACCAAUGUUGCAAAGACCAAACACUUCCAAAAAGUCAUGGAGAGGAAGCAAAAAGAGAGAAAAGGCCAUUUGGUGCUUGUUCCUUGCCCUCUACCAAGCCACAUGUCUCCUAUGCUUCACUUGGCCAAACUUCUUCAUGCUCAAGGUUUCUCUAUUACCAUAAUUCACACAGCAGUUAACUCUCCAAACCAAUCUCAUUACCCUGAGUUCUCAUUUGAAUCCGUUGGUGGUGCCCUGUUGGAGAGCUGUAGUGCCUCUGAAGGGGAUGUUAUGCCUUUUCUUUCAGAACUAAACUUGAAGUGUGAAAUCCCAUUCCAUGACUGCUUGGUAAAAAUGCAAAUGUGCAGUCAAUACAAUCCAAUCUCCUGUAUAAUAUAUGACGCUGUCAUGUAUUUUUCUGCAGCAGUUGCUGAUCAUUUGCUGAUUUUUAGAAUUGUUUUACGGACAAGUAGUGCCGCAAACUACAUCGGGCUAUCAAUUCUUGAUGAGAAUGACUGUCUUCCAAUCCAAGGACGCAGAAUGGAAGAACCGGUAGCUGCGUUUCCCUUACUGAGAUUUAAGGACAUGCCAUCGUUCCGCACAUGCAAACAAACAAGGGAUGUUUUAACCUGCAUUUACAAUGGAACGAGAACUGCUUCAGCUAUCAUCUGGAACUCCCUUUGGUGUCUUGAAGAUGCCUUGUUCGAGAAAAUUGAAGAUGACACUUUGGUUCCAAUCUUUCCUGUAGGACCUCUUCAAAAGCACAGUGGCAGCUUCUCCACCAGUUCUUUAAGUGAAGAGCAGAGUUGCAUUGCCUGGUUAGACAAACAAGCUUCAAGUUCUGUGGUCUAUGUGAGCACUGGUAGUGUAGUUACUAUGUCCGAGGAUGAACUGUUAGAGAUGGCUUGGGGGCUAGCCAAGAGUAGCCAACCCUUCCUGUGGGUGGUUAGGGCUUGUCUAGUCAAUGGCUCAGGUGGGGUAGAGCAGUUACCAAAAGAAUUCCAUGAGACUACCCGAAACCGAGGCUGGAUUGCUAGUUGGCUGCCGCAGCAAAAAAUUUUGGCACAUAGAUCAAUUGGAUGCUUUUUGACACACAAUGGUUGGAACUCAACGAUUGAGAGUAUAUCAGAAGGCGUCCCGAUGCUUUGUUGGCCCCGAGUCGGGGAUCAGAGGGUGAAUGCAAGAUUUGUAAGCCAUGUUUGGAGGGUUGGCUUACAAUUGGAGGACAGAUUGUCGAGAGAAGACGUCGAAAGGGCCAUUCAAACUCUCUUUGCCGACGAAGAGGGUAUCAAAAUCCAAAAGCAAGCCAAGGAGCUAAAGAAGAAGGUUGAACUUUCCCUGAGACAGGGGGGGCCUUCAAGUGAUUUCUUAAGCAGAUUAGUUAAUUACAUUAGACUCCAAGGGGCAAUGAUAAGGUUAUCAAAUGCUUGAUUAUCCAUUUGCUUAGCCAUCCAUAUCCCUAUUUCUUCUAGAAUAUCUACUUUUCCUUUUCCCAUUUCUCUUGUUUUCAGAAUUUUCUUUUUCCUUUUCUUUUAAGCCAGACGUGUGUGGAUUGAUAUUCCUAUAAUAAUGUAUGUUCUGAGUUCUGCCAUGUAAUACACAUGUUGAAAUCAUACGUGAAAGCUGCUGUACUAGUACUGCCCACUCUUAACCUUUUUCAUUAGAUGCUAAA